UUGGGCUCCGCCGCGCCGCGCUGGGCGCUCGGUCCGCCUCAGCGGUGGGGAGCGAGCCAGGCCAACCGCCGCCGCCGCUGUAUCGCGGUGUGCAGCCCCGGGCCAGGCCCCGGCCGGGGCAGGAGCGCAGAACUGCUGCUCAGUGAACAUCCUGUGGCUUGCCUUCAUUGUGCUCAUUUCGCAUAGAGUCGUCUUUCUUGGUUUAUUGCCUUGUUUUGCUGGGGUACAUACUAAGAUGUUUGAUUCUGAUUUAACCAAUCAAAUGGAAGAAGGAAGCAAUAUGAAACUGAUUGGGAUCUCUGUAUCUAGACAGGGUUCGUCAGCUGUGUUGCCCCAAUUAUGGUGGAAUACUGUGAGAUUUUCCUUACCAUACCCUCUGCUAUUUGUAAAAUUCAGAGCCUCUGUUAUGCACCUAAAGCCAUACCGGAAACUCCAGAAGAAAGUGCGACCUUUGGAAAUCAGCAAGGAAACUCUGAGAACUCCUAUGAGCCACCAACAGGCUAUAAAUGAUGAAAAAUGCAAAGCUAGCUGUAUGAAACCAAGUGUCUUUCCUUCAGCCUCUCUUGGUAAAGCAUCGUCUCGAAAGCCUUUUGGAAUCCUUUCUCCAAAUGUUCUGUGCAGUAUGAGUGGGAAGAGUCCUGAAGAGAGCAGCUUGAAUGUUAAAACCAAGAAGAAUGCAUCGUCUGCAACAAUCCACCAGGGUGAAGAAGGGGAAGGGCCGCUUGAUAUCUGGGCUGUUGUGAAACCGGGAAAUACCAAGGAAAAGAUUGCAUUCUUUGCAGCCCACCAGUGUAGUAAUAGAAUAGGAUCUAUGAAAAUAAAAAGCUCCUGGGAUAUUGAUGGGAGAGCUACUAAAAGAAGGAAAAAAUCAGGGGAUCUUAAAAAAGCCAAGAUACAGUUGGAAAGGAUGAAGGAAGUCAACAGCAGAUGCUACCAACCUGAGCCUUUUGCGUGUGGCAUCGAGCACUGUUCUGUGCAUUACGUGAGUGACAACGGGGACGGAGUCUAUGCCGGGAGGCCUUUGUCGGUCAUACAAAUGGUUGCCUUCCUCGAGCAAAGAGCCAGUGCUCUGCUAGCCAGUUGUGCGAAAAACUGCACUAACUCACCUGCUGUGGUGCGGUUUUCCGGGCAAUCCAGAGGUGUGCCCCCAGCCCCCGAGCCCUUGUCUGCCCCAGGAGCAUGUGAAGAACCCAUGGAAAGGAGAAAUCCUGAGGUUGGUGAACCACAGAGUGAGCCAGUCCGUGUCCUUGACAUGGUAGCCAGGCUGGAGUCCGAGUGCCUGAAGCGGCAGAGCCAGCGUGAGCCUGGGAGCCUCUCGAGGAAUAACAGCUUCCGUCGCAAUGUGGGCCGCGUGUUGCUUGUGAGUGGCACCCAGGCUGAGGAAAGCAAAACAAACAAAGGCGCCUUGGAGGUACCUGACACUCAGGUGAAAACUGUGGGGUCUGUAUCUGUGGACUGUGGCCCCUUAAGGGCUGACCAUUGUCCUCCCAAGGGGGACCAGGCCUGGGACGGCGCUCCUCGGGGCUGUCCCUCAUUGCCAGCAGGCGUGAGUUUGCACACGGACAGUGCAGAAUUAGAGCCAGACCAGCAGACUGCCAUGAAAAACAGCAAUAGACAUGAUGUGGAAAUGACAGAGGAACUUGUUGGGUCACCUUUUCCUCCUCGCACCUGUCCCCAAGCCAUUGAAUUGCCCCCAGAUGCUAUUGAUGGUAUGAGUGAAGAGCUUGUGCCUCUUGCUAGCCAAAAUCCUGAUCAGAGAAGAAAAGAAUCUUUGUGCAUUAGUAUCACUGUGUCCAAGGUAGAGAAAGACCAGCCUUCCAGUUCAAAGUCCUGCGAAGACCCACUUCCAGGGAUGUUGUUUUUUUUGCCAUCUGGUCAGCACCAGCCGGGCUGUUCCCAGCGGAAUGAAAGCACGACAGAAGAGUCUUCCGAGGCCAGUCAGCUUGACGAUGCUGCUGAGGGUGACUGUGCAUCUGAGGAGAAAAGUGUCUCGGCUGAUUCAUUUGUCCCGCUGGCUUCUGGGGAAAGUACAUUACCAGCGCUUGAGGCAUCCAGUUGGAAGAAGCAGGUGUCGCAUGACUUUCUGGAGACCAGGUUUAAAAUCCAGCAGCUUUUGGAGCCUCAGCAGUACAUGGCUUUUCUGCCCCACCACAUUAUGGUGAAAAUCUUCAGGUUACUUCCCACUAAGAGUUUAGUGGCUCUUAAAUGUACCUGCUGCUAUUUCAAGUUUAUCAUUGAAUAUUACAAUAUCAGGCCAGCAGAUUCUCGCUGGGUUCGGGAUCCACGCUAUAGAGAGGAUCCGUGCAAGCAGUGCAAGAAAAAAUAUGUGAAAGGGGAUGUGUCCCUGUGCCGGUGGCACCCCAAGCCCUAUUGCCAGGCAUUGCCCUAUGGGCCGGGAUACUGGAUGUGCUGCCACCGGUCUCAGAAGGGCUUCCCUGGCUGUAAGCUGGGGCUUCAUGACAAUCACUGGGUCCCUGCUUGCCAUAGCUUUAAUCGGGCAAUCCAUAAGAAAGCAAAAGGGACUGAAACUGAAGAGGAGUACUAAAGUUUAUGUGCGAGGCAACGGACGGAUUUUUAAAACUGCAAAACACCACCGAGAUAACGCCGUUCCAGUGAGUGUUGCUUGCCUCUCAGUCUUCGCUCCAGGAGAAUCUCUGCUACUCCAUCAGGACCGCCAUUGCUCAGGCAUCUUAAAUCUCUGAAUUUACGAGCUGUACAAGAAAAUCGGUCUCAUCGUUUUCUAGUGGUGCCUCAUGUUUGAUCCAGGGUUGUAUCCCCCAGUUUGAUCCACUUGGCUGUGAAUAACUAUGCCUGUUUUCCCAAACCAAAUCCUUCUUCAAAGGAUUGUUCAAAGAAGACUUGCCACCGUCAAGAAUGUUCAGCAGAGUUCAUCGCAGACUAUGCAGGCAAUCCCCAAAAAGGGGUUCUGGGCAUGUUUUGAGCACUGGCACCAUAUCCGAAAUAAGUGAAUAGUGUCCUAUGAAGAGAAUAGCAGUUCUCUUGGGUGAAAAGUAUGCUUACAAAGAAAAGUUAGGCACCUUACCUUAGACCUUGUAUGCUUGAUCUGUGAGAUUGAUGUUUGUGGUUGGAGAUGGAUUUCAUGCCCUGUGGUGUUUACAGUGUAUAUAAUGGUUGUGUUUUCAUAGGGCUAUGAAAGUGCACAUUAAACCCGAGCGCCUUUACUUUAGAUGAGUGCUUUUGGCCCCUCUGUAAAUAACACUAUUAAAAUCCAGUUGUGAAUAGCGGACAGCUGACUGAACAUAAUCACCACAAUGCAGCUAGGAUAGUGUUGCAGCUACAAUUGUGUGGGUUUUUUUUUGGUUUUUUGUUUUUUUGGUCUCGUCUCAAAUUUGUAUAAAAUAUGAAUGUUUCCCAAAUAAACUAUGAAUGUUUUCUGUAUAAUAUAUGAAUGUUUCUGAGAAGAAACUCUAAAUAGUUAAGAGGUUAACCUGUUGAAAGGAUACCAAAUGAUGGUUUAACUGGACAACCUUAAAAAAUUAGCAUAGAGAACAAUCCUUUGUUAUAUUUUAGUGAUUCACCAAGAAUGAGAGAAUAUUAUAUAGUCAGAUUAUAACAUUCUUGUCUAUUUUAUUCUUUCUGUCUGGUUACAAAUUUUUUUUAACUUCAAUAAAAACAUGCAUUUUAAAUGGGACCUGAGUUUUGCAGAUGUGUUUUUUCUUUUUUUUAAAAAAUUAUUUAUUUAUUUAUUUAUUUUAUUUAUUUAUGGCUGUGUUGGGUCUUC